CUUGAUUUUUCCUAUCUAAAAAACGAACUUCCUGAUUUUGAAUCGAAUGAAUGCAGAUAAUAGCACUUAAAAACAGAGAGCCAACAAAAUCAAUAAACCUAAACAUAGAGACAGAGGGUUCAAGCAGCAACAGAAGUGAAAACAGCUCAGAGAUCAAGCUAGACAUCUCAACAAGGACCCCACCAGCCAUGGACAGCCCUUCAUCAAACCAUCAUCAUGGCCAUCCAAUUAUUUCAACAAGCAGCAGCAGACCCCUCUUUCCACCCUCCAUCAUCACCAGGCCCACUUCUGCUGCCGUGGCCCACCUUUUCCCAAAUUCUUCUUCUUCAUCAAGACAACCUAACCACAAGAUCAUUGAUCAUCAAAAUGCUGUCAAAGAAGAAAGCUUUUCCAACAUGUUUUGUGCCAUUGAUGAUCAAUCUGGGUUUUGGCCAUGGUUGGAACAACAACACUUCAAUUGAAUUGAAACCCCCCCCUUGGCUGUAUUAGAAUCAGCAAUGCUAUAUAUUCAGAAAAAAAAAAA